AUGUGUCUACGUUUCAGGGAUGACGAUCCGACCCAAGUCUACCCUGAAGGUCCAAGAAUCCAUCACCCUUCAGAUGUCACUACCAGGCAGUCCAUAGAGAAACGUAUUCAGUAUAUGCAAAACCUCAAGAAAGAAAAGAGGAAAUUAAACAAACGCUUUGCAAGGCCCACCCCUCUGCCAGAACCAGGACUCCAUGUCACAGAUUGUUUGUAUUGA